AUCCAGAGGAUGGUGAUCUCUGGGGGGAACUUUAAACCAGACACCCUGAAGCCUAAAGAGGUGGUCAGUCUGCUGCUGGACGAUGAGGAGCUGGAGAAGAGACAUCUCUCUGAGUAGUGAGCUCCAGCCCAGCUCCCUACCUCCAGACCAGGACCCAGACCAGGAUCCAGAUCCAGACCAGGAUGAGAGCAGUAGUGACAUGCUAGUCAUCGUAGACGACCCUGUGUCUUCAGCACCACAGUCCAGGGCCACCAACUCACCUGUCAGCGUGUCUGGAUCCAUGUCGGACAACAUGAACGGUGUGUCUAAUCAGGACACGUCCAGUCCGGGGCGGGGAAGGUCUGGUAGGAGCCGGGGACGACCCAAAGGCUCUGGGUCCAGUUCUGGAGGCGGAGCCAAGUCUGCAGGGAAGGGGCGUGUCAGGAAGUCGACAGCGGGCAGCGCGGCCGCCAUGGCAGGAGCGAUGGCCGGGGCUGCAGCAGCCUCAGCAGCCUACGGAUACAGUGUGACUAAAGCAGGUCUCCCUGCAGCCUCCCCUCUUCAGCCGUCUCUGGGUCGGUCAGGGACGGCCCCGGCCUUCUCCCCCAGCAGCAGUUCCUCUCCCAAGGGGAAAGGUGGCACUGUGGCCCCCAGCCAGAGUAACCCCCAGCAGAAACAACCAGGACAUAGCCACCACCACAGUCAUGGACAUGUGACAGGAAGGAAGGGCAAGGGACCUGGCGGACCUGGGGCUCGAUAGCAUGUAGAGAUGAUGGACAUCAACACAGUACACACACACACACACACACACACACACACACAGUCCUAAGGACCUGAUAGAGGCCAGAUUGAUCCAGCCCUGUGUUCUGUGUUUUAAACAAACACAUCUGCUGCACUGACCAGCUUCAACUGUGAGCCCAUGUGACCUGCUCCACAACCAAUCAACCCAGAGGUGAGAUGUUCCUUAACCAAUCACACACCUCACUACCUGGAGGACCAUGCUAUCCCAGAAGGCAUAGCGACGGAACAAAUGGGCACUGUCGGGCAUGAUGGACACUAAACUAUUCUGUGUGUACACACACAGACCAUCAUCGCAAGGUCCAAAACACACCCUCAUCGCUUCCACCAAUCACCUCUUCCUUCAAUUAGUACCGUCCUCAGUGGACAGUUUCUGCCUCCAGCGUGUGUGUGUGUGUGUGUUGUGACCAAGAGUAUUAAGAGUAUUUCAAAGUGGUUUCUCUGUGAUGAAAAUAGACUUGGUUUUCUGUCUAAAUAGUGAAAAGCAACUACCCUGAGAAGCACCUGUCUGUGCUGUAUUGAGAACUCCCUUUUGACACUCAGUGAGUUUGCAAUACAGCGCCAGCAGACAGACAGGCACUCGGGCUUUAAGGCAACACCUUACAGCAACAAUGCAUCCACGCGUUAAGGGCUUCUAACACAUAGAGUGCUCUCUCCAAAUGGUGUUCUCCACUGAGCCAUCUCAUCCGUUAGGUAAAACAACUUGUUUAGGAUUAGAUCGGAAUGCUUGCAUCAAACACGUUAGGUUUAUGUCAUAUGUUUUAAAACACGUAGUAAUGUUGAACUACUCUUCUCUGCAUUUCAACAACAGAAUGUAAAUUCGUACCAAACAACUAAAACGGACUGCUUUUUUAAUUAUAGCUCUUAUUUUUAUAUUUAUAGACCAACCGAUGUUGUCAUAGUGACCCAUAUCAAAAAUGGCAAAUUUCAAUACCGUUCUGAAAAAAGCGUCUCUUUCUCCAUAGAGUUUAUCCCAACACAAUGAGAAAUGAAGGAAUUCUAAUAUAUAUAUUUUGUGGGAUGAGAACAGAUUGAGGGGGUAUUUUGUGGUAAAUUGAAUUCCAAAGUGGUGAGCACUGCUUAAUAAAGAUGUGUUGCUGAUCUGUUUGUGUAAAACUCUAGUGUGCUUCUGAAAUGACACCCUGUUCACUAUAUCGUGCCCUACUUUUUGAUUAAACUCUGGCCAAAAGUAGUGCACUAUUUCAGGAAUAGGGAGCCAUUUCAGUUGUAACCUAAUAGGUGUCCUUUAAAACAUAACUUGGAUUGUAAUAUGUACCAUAGAACUGAAGUUAAUUUAAAAGUGGGUAAUAAUUUAUCAGAAUUCAUGUGAACAUUGUAAAAAAUUGUAUUGAUGCCAUUUUUAUUUUUUAAAACAAGAAAGAGAGAAAAAAAAAAGUUAAACUUCUGAUCAGAGUCUUUUGUCUUUGUGAUGUCAUUCAGUGAUGUUUUGGGGUAUGAUGACUCGUGUUAAUUAAAAGUUGUUGAACUAGGGUUGCCAAAUCCUGGUAAUUUUCCCACAUUUCCCAGUUUUUUAUUUUUUAUUUUAAAUUUUAUUUUAUUUUGUUUGGAUUUUUCCCCCAGAAGUGUUGGUUGGAGGAUUCUCUGAAUUUCUGCUUAGUCAUUCCCUCGUAAUCCCACAUCUUCCAACCAGGAUUUCUAGAAAACCGGGGAAUUCUGGGAAAGUUAGCGUAAUUGUGCAACCCUAUGUGGAACCAAGCACUAUGUCUAGUUUUGAGAGUUUGUUCUGUGUUGGAUACUAUAGUGUGAUGAUGAAAUCUCUUCUCCUAUAACAUGUAAAUAAAAAAUUGAGGGCGACAUGUUGACCCCUGGUUGGUUCUUCCCCCAGUCUGCCUGUCUAUUUUUAUAGGUCAUGUGUAAAUAUGAAUACAAAGCUGUCAUUUUACUAACCGGAGAAGCCAAUUCAAAAUAAAAGAUUGAUUAAUCGA